AUGACUAUGGCACCAUCCAAGGCCAUAAUGACGACGAUAGAGGCUACUGCGAUCACAUCGUUUCCUCCCACCAUCUACGAUAAACCCAUGCCAUACUCGCAGCGACAGCUGCUUCGCCAUGAUCAUCGACAACCUUAUAGGCUCCACACGGAUAGGAAGAUUCCUAUAUUAAAAUUUGGAGAUCUAUUGGUGGAAGUGUACGGGAUCGGCUUGAACCCGGCCGAUUGUAAAUCUGCAGAUCUUGGAUACCUCCUUUCAUCGUCGUCUGGUUUAAAUGAGCGUGAAUUUAUUGGCAUAAUCGUAGCUUCCGAGGUCGACCAGAGAUGUCCCCUUCAGAUGGGAGAGUGGGUCCUUGCCGUACCAACAGACUAUCGAGAUAUCAGAAAGUCGACGUUUCAGGAAUACACCAUCGUCUGCUGUUAUAACGCAAUUCGAAUCCCCAAGCAUGUCGACCCGUUCAAAGUCGCUUCCAUGGGUGUCGCCUAUGUUGCAGCAGGACUCUCUCUUGGAGUCUGUCUAGGCGUCACUUUUACAAAGGGCCCAAAGGAGCGAGAGUUCAACCUCUUAGAGAUUGCCAGGAGGCGCCCUGAAGAUGUACCUGAUGAUAUCAUUGUUGAAGUCUUUGAUGCUUUAGCGCCUUGCUACCAAGCCCAGCCUGGCGAGUGGCUGCUAGUCUAUGGAGCAUCUACUAUUACGGGACAGGUUAUAAUUCAGCUAGCUAAGCUGGGAGGGCUGAAGGUUGUGGGUGUUGCUGACCUGAGCAAACAUCAGCAGCUUUUGCAGUCACUCGGAACGGACAUUUUAGUUGAAAGCAGCAAUCUCGAUCAAGCUAAGCGGGACAUUAAACAGCUUGUUCCUGGCUCACUAAGAUUUGCAGUUGACACUGUUGGGCCUCAGACUGCUGCGUGGUGCCAACAAGUCCUCGCAGAACGCACAAGCUCUAGCAAGCUCAGCCAUCUUGUUGCUCUAGCAGGCACUCCUCCAACAUACUCACCCAAUAUCCAAGUCCAUACAGUGCCAAUCAAGCUCUUCCACACAAGUCAAUACGUUGGUGGCCACCUGAGUAAGUGGCUAUACGAGCUGCUUGAUACACACAAGCUGCUGCCCCCGGAAGUCGAAUCAGUGUCGGGUGGCCUUGACGCUAUAAAUGGAGCUUUAGAGAUACUGAAGCAAGGUAAAACAGCGGGAAAGGGCAUGGUGAUUCGAAUUAAAGAGCCUGAUUCUUUGAUUGAAUGCCUUGCCCAAGCAUGA